UUGGUCAUUUUGACUUGGAAAUAACCAACUCGGCCUUUUAUCAACAGUGUUUCUCAGCGGAAAACGCCGUUUGAAACCAAAGCGCAACUGUUUUUCUGCUCAAAUUCUGUGAAAUGUUCCCAAUGUUGAAAUAAACUAUGUCGUCGAGUUACGUGUUUCUACUGUCGCGGAAGAAAUCGGGGGAGCUGAAUUCGGGGUUUUCUUUAAAUCCAGCCGAACGCAGUCGAGACAAUAGUUUUCCGCAACGAUCGCAGAGUUUCAGCACCAACCCAGCCAUAAAUUCAUCACCAUAUUCCCGUGCGACUCGGCAAAAUUAUGUAAUCGAUAGCAAUAGUCGACGUAAUGAUGUGAUCUCACCCGACAACUUAUCUGUAAAUUCGACUCGAAAUUCAAACUACUCGGGCCCGACUUCGGCCGUUAACCCACGUCUUCGUCCCAGUUCGGCUCCACGAGUCGUAAAUGAUGUUACGACCAGUGGCGUUGACGGAAACUUCGACGCGCCCAGAAAAUACAACCGGCGCACGACUCCCGGAUCUCAGUUCGGACCGAUUGGAAGUUACGCCGAAUCUCAAACGCUGCCGAGUCGCAAGUCAAGUCGUGCAAAUGGGGACGAACGUUCAAAUAUCGGACAACCGAUUGAGGUCAAGGCCAAAACAUGGACCAGACUGUCCAGCAACAAUUUGGCCAGCAUGUGUGACAGUUCUAGUAAUUUAAGCAUCCCUUCUUUAAUGCACGGUGCAAGAGGCGACGACCGCAGUGGGUCCAGAACCAGACUGAACACUCAAAGUGUGAAUGAUUUAAGACUUCGUGGAUCUCGUACUGAAAUUAACGUCCCCAUUGGACCAACUCGAGGUCGCGAGUAUUCGACAAGCACUACUGAACUCGCGAUGAGAACUUCGGCAAACAGUCGAGUCUCAACGACAACUUACACCGAAGCGCCGAACCAAGAGCCGAGAAAUCGCACACGACCAAAGUUUAACUCAACGACCAGUUUACAAAUUCGGCAGGACAAUAAACACGAAGAAUUUAACGAUGAUUUGCGAGAUAGACGAGGAUCGUUCGGUCCCGUGAAUAACUUCAGAUCGGGUCCGAGAGGUCACCGAGAUCUGGAUUUAGAAACAACGGAUUCUGGUCUAGAGGCAGCGCUGGAGCGCGCGAAACAAAAAAGAGCGGCAAAUGGAACUGACCAGCGGAAAAUCAGCUCGACUGUACUUCAUGUGAACAAUGCUAAUGGGAUUUCCAUCGUGCAGAAUGACAGUUCAGUCACAGAAAUACAAGGAAGACCAGUUGCCGCCUCGAGACUCGUUUCAGAUCCUCUUUUCGACCCCACAAUGCCACGACUGAUCCCGCCUAGCAACCGAUUGGCGGCGUCGCAAACACACAUGCUCAAUGGAAAAUCGGACAAUUCGAAACCUGCUGAUCCCAGUUCAAAUAUGAGAUCUUAUAGCUUCGAUAAUCAAAGUGUUCCUGUUCGACAGCAAUUUAAUGACAACACUUUCAGGCCUUCUGUAAGUUUUAACGAUCCUCGAGAAUCAAGAUUUGAAAAUGAUUUAAAUUUCAGCCAACCACCCAGCGGCAGAUGGAAAAGACCGGUCCAAUCAGAUUCUUCUAGGCCGAGAGUCUCUUUCGACCAAUCAGAUGGCUCCAAUCCGUCAAGACCAGGUAAAAAUUACGUAAUAGGUGAAACAAGUCGUGAUCAAAACCUAAAUCAGUGGACUUCAUUGGAACGACAGAACGCCUCGUCAAUUUCACGAAGUGUGACGAACGAAAGACGAAUCACUCGGCAUCGGACAACCAGUCAAGAACAUUCAUCGGAAAAUUUUAGACACAACGGUGCGAUCAACCGAAAUGUCACCCGGCCGAAUUGGUCAUCAGCUAACUACCAAAACCAACGAUAACCUUAAACCAAUCAUCGUAACAGAUUUGCGCGUUCAGAAGCAAUUUAAUUUAAAUCGUUAACCUUAUUUGUAAUAAAACUGUUUUGUGUUUAAGCUAUAGUACAUUUAUGCUUGCAAGAA